GGGGCGGAGUUGGACGUGCAGUUCCGUCCUGGACCUCCAGCCUGAUUUGUUGUAAACUGGACCGCUCUGCACAGUGGUGGGGUAAAGAGUAAAUAAGGUCACAAAGGCAGCAGAAUAACUGGCAGAAGACAGCUUUCCUUUGACCAUCAUCUCAGGGACAACAGCCACAGUGGGAAGGAGUGGGGUGAUAUCAGCUCCCCUUUUUUCCUGAUUAAAGCUCUGCUGUCUCUUGGACAGGAAAACACCACUUAUGUCAGCAGAGAAGAUGGAAACAGCUGCCGCUGUGUCCAAUGGAGCAGGGCCUGUAUAUGAGGAGAAAGAAGACCCCCUCAGUCCUGAGGAUCUGUCUGAGGUGCUGGCAGCAGGGACCAAGGAGGUUCAUGAAAAGGCUGAGAACACCCAGUUUGUGAAAGAUUUCCUCAGGGGACGCAUUCGCAAAGAGCUCUUCAAGCUUGGUGCCGUUGCGCUCUACUAUACUUACACAGCCAUGGAGGAGGAGAUCGAAAGGAACAAGGACCACCCCCACUUCGCCCCUUUAUACUUUCCCACUGAGCUGCACCGCCACGAGGCCCUGGCUCGUGAUCUUGAGUACUUUUACGGCCCUGACUGGCAGAGCCAGAUCAGCUGCUCCCAGGCCACCCAACGCUAUGUGGACCGUAUUCAUGAAGUAGGGCAGGAGGACCCGGUGCUGCUGGUGGCCCACGCAUACACGCGCUACAUGGGGGACCUCUCCGGGGGCCAGGUGCUGAAGAAGGUGGCGCAAAGAGCCAUGAAGCUGCCGCCCACAGGGGAAGGCCUGGAAUUCUAUCAGUUUGAUGGCAUCCACAGCGCCAAAGCAUUCAAGCAGCUGUACCGCAGUCGCAUGAACGAGCUAGAACUGGACAUGGGAACAAAGAAGAGGCUGGUAGAAGAGGCUGUCAAGGCCUUCCAGUUCAACAUGGAGGUGUUUGAGGAGUUGGAAGAAAUCGGUAAAACCAUCCCAGAAGAUGUUUUAGAUGCUGGCAUGCCCGUCCAUGGAGCAAUGGGUGGAGACAUCAGCAAGUGUCCCUAUUAUGCUGCUAAAAUGGCUGCAUCGGGUGGAACAGCAUACGCCUGCCAGCUCGCCAUGGCCGUACUCCGACACCCAACGGGACAGGUCCUGUUUGCCACUUGGUUCGCUGCUCUGGCUGGACUGGCUGCGUGGUACCUGAUGUGAUCCAGCCAUCACCCUGUCACUCUGCUGCUGUAAGAGAGAGGGAGGAGGAGCUCAGAAGCAAGGACCGUAAGGAGACUAGAAAACUCCUGCGAGCUGUAGACCAUUUUAUAGUUUCAUACAGACAUUCUGAACGGGUCCAGGUUUAUUUAAUGUGACAUGUUUGUAGUAAACUCGGUUAUGUUUCUUAGCAAUGGAAUUCCAAUGAAAUGAUGUGUAGGACCAUUAGGACGUCAUUUCCAUCCAUCCAUCUAUCCAUCCAGCAACACCACGUAUAAUUCAUCCUCCUGUCUUUAUUUCACUACCUCUUCAGCACUUCCUUCCAUCCUUUGUCCAUCGAGUUGGUGUGGUCAUGUCUCAAAACCUUCUGAGGCUGUUUUCUGACAGUGUUAAAAGCUAAUUUGUUGUAAAAUUAAAUUUCUAAUUUUAAAUGAAGGAGCCAAAUUGACAAAGCAUGGCCACUUUUAAAUGCUGCCCAUGUUUAUUGGUUAUACAGUGAUAAAAUGAGUUCACGGUGAGCUUAGAAAGAAACACACUAUGCAUUAUGUUAUGCAGUAUGUAUAACAGCGCAGUAUGUUUUUGCUGUGUUGAUUUUGAAUCAGGCCUGUGUGUUUUUCAUCAAAGAGACAGGAAGUAAUGUACAAGUUAAUAAUACAACAGUAUCUUUUCACUUCUAUACAUCGACUCAAGCUCCAAAGAUAAAUUAAAAACACAGUGAACUGCAAUUAUGUUCUUUUUUAAAAUCCACGAUCAUAUUUCAUGAUUCAAACAUGGCCUCAAAUGUGCACUGUGAGACAGGUGAUAGGAAACAGAUGCUUUUUUUUUAACUAUAGCACACCUACACUUUGUCAAGUGUAUGAUUAAUUAAAAUCUUCAGAUACUAGUGAAUAUACCGGAUGUUUGAGUCUAUUGAUGCAUGUUCAAAUGUACUAUUUCUGUCUCAGAAUUAUGCGAUACAACAUCUUGUAUUUCUAAAAAAAAACUGCCUGUUGUCGAUUUAAAGACGAAUGACUGAUUGAUUAUGUUUUACCUGCCACAGGAGCCUAUAAUAGACAGUUGAUGUGUCAUGAUUGCAGCUGUUGUAACAGGAUAUUGUCCUUUUAUAAUGUGUCUGAGCGUUGUGGUUUAUUACAAACUACUUCAGGUUAGGUACUUACAGGCAGGUCCUUCAGCAGCUCAGCAUUUGUUAAGGACAUACCAUCAUCACUAUAACUGUAAUCACUGUUCAUAUUUCAUUCAUACUGUAUGUUGGGAACCACUUUCCCAGUCGUGCACAGCUUUUUUCAACACAUACAAGGAGGAAUAUAUUAUGCUGUAUGUGUACUGUAUGCAGUUUUAUUGCACUGUUUUGCUAUUGAAGUUAAAUAUUUAUCCUGAUACAGUAAUGACAGUUUAUUAACUCUGCUUUCUUUCCAAGAAGUGUAUUUUUUCCCUUUGCUUGGGUCUGUUUUCUUCACAUAGUACCAAAGGAAACCUGCUGAAAACAUUGUAACCAGGUUCCUGUGCUGUGUGUAUUCGCACAUCACACAUAAAUGGGUGUACAGUAGGAAAGAUUUGAUCAGACGUGUGAUGACUAUGUGGUGCGUUUUGCAUUCGAGAGUCUCAGGUUCAGGCAGUCAGAAGGCAAUACAACAGGGACUGCCCUAAUAUACUCCUGUAGUUCAACGUCCGUGUUUUAAAAAUUUUUUUUUUUUUUCUUAAGCCAGUGUGACGUGUCAAACUGUUACAGUAUUUUUGGAAAUACUGAUGGGACACUUACUUGAAUCUCAGGAGUGCAGGUAGAUAGUUCAGGUCAUUGGAUUAAACCUUAAAGUUUUAAGUGGGACGCUUGACUAAUUCAUGCUGAUUUUAAAUUGUUUUCAUUAACUAAGCUCCUUAUCCCUUUGUGUAUCUAACUGAACAAAGCUUUAUAGUAUUGACUAGAAUACUCUCAUUGUGUGAGAGUGAAACCACAGGAGUAUGUUGUGCUGUCUAAUUAAAUAAACUGUUUUUCUGCUCAUGCUGAUAA